AUGUCUGUGGUGAAAGAUCCAGUAUCCGAGUCUCGAGUUCACGAUCCUGACGGUUACCGAACUUCCACGCUGCCUAUUAUGCUUCCAUCGGUCACUCUUCUCCUCGCCGCCGCGGCCGGCACCAGCGCCCACUACACGUUUCCCAAGGUGUGGGCAAACAGCGGAACGACUGCCGACUGGCAAUAUGUUCGCAGGGCGGACAAUUGGCAGAACAACGGCUUUGUCGACAAUGUGAACUCCAACCAGAUCCGGUGCUUCCAGUCUUCCCACAGCCCUGCCCAGUCUACUCUCAGCGUCGCUGCUGGAACUACCAUCACGUACGGCGCGGCUCCCAAUGUCUACCACCCGGGACCCAUGCAGUUCUACCUUGCCAGAGUUCCGGACGGCCAGGACAUCAACAGCUGGACCGGAGAGGGUGCUGUUUGGUUCAAGAUCCAGCAUGAACAGCCACAAUUUGGCCAGCAACUGACCUGGGCAAGCAAUGGCAAGAGUUCUUUCCCCGUCAAGAUCCCCAGUUGCAUCAAGUCCGGUAACUAUCUCCUCCGUGCUGAGCACAUUGGACUGCACGUCGCUCAGAGCUCGGGAGCUGCCCAGUUCUACAUCUCGUGCGCUCAGCUCAGCAUCACCGGUGGUGGCAACACUGAACCUAGCAACAAGGUCUCGUUCCCUGGAGCCUACAAGGCUUCCGACCCCGGUAUUCUGAUCAACAUCAACUAUCCCGUCCCUACCUCGUACAAGAACCCUGGACCGAGUGUCUUCAUCUGCUAA